AUGGCGAAGGGGGUCUAUCUUCUAUUCGCCGCCGCGAUUGUUGCUCUUAUAGUCCUCUCUCCCUUUAAGCCACGCCACCAUGGCCAUCACCGCCGCCUUGGCUUCACCGGCCACGUCCCCAUUUUCGACCCUCUAGUAUCCAAGAUGGAACGGUACGUGGAGGAGAAGGGAUUAGAAGACCACAAUCAUACAAUAGAUACGGAACACGACUUGGUUAUUGCUAAUGAUGUUGAGGAAGCUCAGCAAUAUUUGAACGAGGCGGGAAACUUGAAUUUAACCAUGAGGCUGGUGAAUCUCUUCCCUUUGUUGGAUGUGGCACCCGAAGAUGGAUUUGUCAGCUACGAUGAGCUGAAGCAUUGGAUUGUGGCACAAGCCAUGGAAAGAAUGAUAUAUAGGACACGGAGAGUAAUGGCAGAAAAUGAUAGAGAUGGAGAUAGAGCCAUUUCUUUCAGGGAGUAUCUGCCACAAUUUUCCAUUGAGGAUAUUGAUAGGAAUGAUAUGGAGCAUGGAGAAGCUGGAUGGUGGAAGCAGCAAUUUGAUAAUGCUGAUGCUGAUCGGAAUGGUUUACUUACCUUCAGUGAACUUAAAGAUUUUUUGCACCCAGAAGACAGUUCAAAUGACCGAAUUCAAAGAUGGCUGUUGACAGAAAAGAUGAAAAGGAUGGACCAUGAUAAAGAUGGCAAGCUGAGUUUUGUGGAGUUUUCGGACAAUGCUUACAAUGUCUUUAAGAAUUACGUUGAAUUUGAGACAAGCGACUUACCCAUAGCAAAAGAGAAAUUUGCAGAGCUUGAUGUGAACAAGAACAAAUUCUUGGAAGCUGAAGAAUUGAGACCGAUACUACAUUAUCUUUACCCAGGAGAACUAACCUAUGCUACUUAUUACACAAGUUUUCUAAUUCAUGAGGCUGAUGAUAACAAAGAUGGAAAAUUAACGUUGGAAGAGAUGCUGCAUCACGAAGAUGUUUUCUACAACACGGUCUAUGAGAGCAGCGACGACGAUGACAUCCAUGAUGAUCAUGACGAAUUCUAA